UCAAUAUUAUGGUCACGUGACGAAAACCACACGUGAUCUGCUGUGUUUUCUUUUUGCUGUCUGUCUCGUCAACUCCUGUUUAUUUGCUAUAAUUGCGCAAAUUUGCUACUCUUUGAUACCCGGCAAGAUUGAAUUGAUUUGCCCUGCAUAGAAGUUGUGUCAUCCAAUGGAAUCAGUGAUAGCUGAAGAACACUUGGCUAAUGAAAUAGAAAGGAACGAGGAUGUAAACGUGACAAGUGGAGAAGAUGCUUUAGAUGAAAUUCACAGAGCCAGCAACAAUCCUAUUUCUGUGAAUGCAGCAGUAGUCGAAAAAUAUGAAAGAGAAUGGAGAAAUCUGCGCCGCGAUUCUUGCGAAGACGACCUGGGAGAGUUACGCCGGAGGGCCGUGCUCGGAAACUUGAGGGCGUCACGAUUCCGCAGCGUCAGCUGGAGGCUGAUGCUGCGUCUGCUGCCUCCGUGUCCAGAUGCGUGGGCCUCGGUGCUGGAGGCGCAGAGGGAGCACUAUGCGCGCCUCUCCGCUAUCCAUCAUGUCACACCGAAAAACCCACUCACUGGCGAAGACAAUCCUCUCAGCCAAGACGACAGCAGCACUUGGCACAAAUUCUUCUGCAACAAAGAGUUGCAGGCUGUGAUACGUCAGGACGUGGUCCGUACAUUCCCAGGAAUCGAUUUCUUCAGGGAGCAGUCGAUUCAGGACAAGAUGGUCUCCAUUCUCUUUUGCUACGCCAGAACCAAUCCUGACAUGUGUUACAGACAGGGUAUGCAUGAAAUCUUGGCUCCUCUGUUGUUCGUUCUGCAUUCCGACCACCAAGCCUUGAUGCAUGCCAGGGAGCACGCACCUGUCUCAAGUGAGAUCAUACAAGUUUUAGACCCCCAGAACCUCGAGGCAGAUGCAUACACGCUUUUCUGCCGAAUUAUGAGCGCAAUUGAGUCAAGCUACAGAAUCAGCAACGUCGCUCCAACAAGUACUGGACAUUUUCCCUAUGAAACUUGCAAGGAGGUGUUAGCAAAGAAGUCAGAAGACAAGCAAGAUAAUGAGUUGCUUGCGCAGUUAAAUCACAUCAACGACAAUCUGUUGGUGCCCAAUGAUCGAGAACUAGCUAACCACUUGAAGAAACUGGAUAUUCCUUUGACCUUAUUUGGCAUUCGUUGGUUGCGUCUGCUCUUUGGCCGUGAAUUUCCCCUCCAAGAUUUGCUUGUCCUGUGGGAUGCAAUUUUCGCAGAAUUUAAUGGCAGAAAAUUUAUGCUGGUAGAUUUCAUCGUGGUAGCAAUGCUGCUUGCUAUCAAAAAUAGAUUGAUAAAUGGUGACAACACAACUUGCCUUACACUUCUCAUGCGAUACCCAGGGGCUGUUGACAUUUCAAGCAUCAUUGACCAUUCCUUGUACCUCAUGGAACCAGACAAAUAUUGUCUCCCAGCCAGCACUGCUUUCCAAAACUUGCCUGUGAUAACAAUUGGAGGUCAGACUAAUUUGAACCGAGGACCACUGAAAUUAAAACAAACCAACUCCCUAAAGGAGCCGAUGAGUGAGCAACAAUCAAUCCAGGACAAAAAGAACAAAGUUUCUAAGAAGAGUAAUCCACUCUCUAAAAGGAUCGGCAAAAUAUCUUCGAGUCGGUGGGGCAAGCAAGCAGUUGCCCAGGAUGCAAAUACUGACAAUUCUAUAGUGGAGGGCUUUCCACCUGACGAUCCAUUAUUGGUCAUGACAGAGUUGAGUAGAGCUGUCCAGCUAAUAAAAGAUAGUCAUGCCCAACUAAGUCACCACUUAGCCAUCCUUGAAUCUAUUAACAUUGGUGCUGAGGAUCAUGUCAAAAUAUCUCUCGAAGGAGUGAAAGGAGUAUCAGACAAUUUACAAAAUUAUCACUGCCUAGUUUUGGAUGUUGAACCAGCAACGGAAGCAGGUGAAGUCAAACCAUUUAUUCAACCCGUCCAGUCAAGCAAGCAAAAAUCAAAAACUGUGCCGCCUUCUGCUUCUAUUGACUCACCAGUUAAUUUGAAGGUAUUCUCUUUAUCUGAAGGAGAUGGCAACGAUGUGGAGGGAGCACCUCAGGAAGAUCCAUUCAAUGUUGAUAUCAGAAGAUGAUUUUGUGUAUUAAUUUUUGUAUUAUUUUUCGUCGACUUUUGACAGUAAAUCUACUUUAGUUUUGGGGGAAUCUCAGAAAAA